AGAGAAGAGUAAAAAACAACAAAAAAUGCCACGUUGUUAUUUUGUCAAAAAGCCAAUUCAGCAAUAUUCGAAUUUUACGAUACUCAAGCCGGAGUCAACAAUGGCAGAGGAGAAAAAUAUUUACAAAAAUGAAAAAUUGAAAGGCUCAUCAUCAUCAUCGGCAGCAUCCGGAUCAGCAGCAGUUCCCAAUACGCCAAGUGUGAUUGUUGCCAUAUCAAAAGCGGCAAGUACCAGUCCACCAUUGUGUCAGUUUGUUUCAACAGCAGGACGCGAAAAUUCUCAUGAGAAUCGUGUCGUUGUCGCAUCUCCCGAUCCAACAAGUAAAAGUCAUAAAUACGAGAUAAAUAAUAAAAGCCCCAGUCGCAUAAUUGCUACUGCUGCUGCCGAAUUACCUGUUGUGGGCCAUAAGGUAGAACAAGUGGUAUUUUAUGCGCAACAGCCACCAUUACCGCCAUCUCCACUCCAAGCAGAAGCAAUAAAAGGUAAUAAUAUUAAUAGUAAUAAAGAGCGAAAUAAAUUAUUACGUGAUGAUGCCUCAUUUGGAUCUAAACUCGCAGCAGCAACAGCAACAACGACAACGGCAACAGGUGGCAAUAAUAAUCAAAAUUAUCCUCAACAACAUGCGACAGAAACAACGCAGCGAACCACUUUCGAAAUAAUGAAUAACGAGACUAAUCCAAUUUUCAAGGACCGAAGUGCGGAGGAAACUGAAGCGGCACACGAUUUAUUGUCAUUAUCACAAAGUUUACCGCCAAUGGCAGCGCCAUGUGUCGUCACGAUUCUGCAUCCGAAUGUGCUGGAGCCGCACAAGCAAAUGCCCGAACCCAUGUCUUAUGUUAAGAUAAAUAAAGCCGCGAAAAAUAACAAUUUAGUGGAGAUCCGGAAUCGUAACUCGCCCAUAUCAAUGAUUGUUCCGUGCUACGAAAUCACAACCACGACAACGACAACGAAUAUUUUGCCUCUUACGCCGCCCACGUCGGAGCACAGUUCUGACGCGGAGCUUGGAGGGGGAGGGAUCGGCGGGGGAGCAUCUCCCAAAUCGCUCGAAGAUUCAAAGCGAAAGUUUAACUUUGAAAGUAAUCCCAAGAGACAAAGUUACAAAGUCGCGGACUUGGCAAAAGGUAAGAAAACGGUGACGAUGAGCAGCAAACGGGCUGCCGAACUCUAUACUUAUGAUGAUCUUAUGUCGAGUGAUGGUCGUUCGAAGAACAAGAAGAAGAAGAUGCAGAACGCAUCCGAUGCGGAAAACCAUAAAUACAAGUGCCCUGAAUGUGGUAAGCAAUAUGCCACGUCGAGUAAUCUGUCGCGACACAAGCAAACACAUCGUAGCCUUGACUCGAAUUCCGCCAAAAAGUGUAACGUUUGCAACAAGGCGUAUGUCUCGAUGCCGGCGCUCGCCAUGCAUCUCCUCACCCACAAACUAUCACACAGUUGCGGCAUUUGUGGCAAGCUCUUUUCACGUCCGUGGCUCCUCCAAGGUCAUCUUCGAUCCCAUACCGGCGAAAAACCCUAUGGAUGCGGACAUUGCGGCAAGGCAUUUGCGGAUCGCAGCAAUUUGCGGGCCCACAUGCAAACACAUUCGACCGACAAGAAUUUCGAGUGUCCACGUUGCCACAAAAUGUUCGCACUCAAGUCGUAUCUCAACAAGCAUCUCGAGUCGGCAUGCCUCAAAGAGAACAGCGACACAAAUAGUCGUGACGUGGUGCGAUACGAAACGUACGACAGCAAUCAGUCCACGCUCGAAAUUGACAUUCAAUCCAAUAACGAUAGUGGAGACGAAGACGAAUUCAUUAUUGUCGCCUAA